AUGUCUCAUCUCAUCUUCCUUUUAUCUGAACUUUCUUUCCAGAUGCACCCUUCAGAGGAAGAGAUUAAUGCCCAUCUGAUGGUCCCAAAGUUUUAUCAGCACAUCCUGGCCUUGGCAUUCGCCAUAAAAGAGAUCAAUGAGUUUCCCUUGCACAACACCACUAUUGGGUUGCACAUUGAUGAUAGCUACUACAAUGCAAGGAUGACCUACCGUACCACUCUGGAACUGCUCUUCAAAUCACCCCAUUUUCUCCCAAAUUACAAAUGUGGCAGCAGAACACACCUAAUGGGAGUCAUUGGUGGACUUCGGUCUGAUACCUCCUCACAGAUGGCAGAUGUCUUGGGACGUUACAAGAUUCCACAGUUUUCUUAUGGCUCAUUUCAUCCAGCAGUGAAUGAUCACAUUGGGUUCCCCUCCUUUUACCGCAUGGUUCCCAAUGAAUCUCUUCAGUACCAAGGAAUUGUCCAGUUACUUCUGCAUUUCAAAUGGAAAUGGAUUGGUUUGAUGAGUUUUGAUGAUGAUGGGGGACAGCAUUUCCUGCAGACUAUAGAAGCCAUGCUUUCCGAGAACGGCAUCUGCUCAGCCUUCACCAACAAAGUUCCAGCUAAUAUCCGUAUAUUGGAAAUGGGCGAUAUGAACAAAUACAUAUUGGAAAGUAUUCCUAUUUUUAGGGACAGCAAAGCCAAUGCAAUCGUUAUAUAUGGGAAAACGUCAAACCUCAGGUGGUUGGCUGCCAUUAUCUUUGGGAUCAAAGAGUCGCUUGCUGGCAAUCUUUACUACAAUGCAAAGGCACCUUUUGGGAAAGUAUGGAUUACGACAGCCCAGAUUGAUUUAGCACUCUUUCUAUUCCAAAGAAACUGGGAUAUCCAGGUGUUCCACGGAGCCAUCUCCUUCACAAUUCCUUCAAAAGACAUUCCAGGUUUCCAAACAUUUGUUCAGAGUGUGAGUCCUACCCAAUCAAAAGGGGAUGGCUUUAUCAAAGAUUUCUGGGAGCAAGCAUUUGACUGCUUUGUUCCAAAUUCUGGUGGCUCUAUAGAUAUUGAUGGAGCAUGUACUGGUGAGGAGAAGCUGGAGAACCUUCCUGCACAAUUUUUUCAGUUGAAGAUGACAGGCCAUAGCUAUAGUAUCUAUAAUGCUGUUUAUGCUGUAGUCCAUGCCUUGCGUGCCAAAUACUCAGCUAGCUCCAACCACAGAAAAAAUGAGAGUAGAGGCAAGCUGCAUUCUUGGCAAGUGGAGCCCUGGCAGCUCCAUUCAUUGCUUAGGAACAACCCACUCAACAACACUGCUGGAGAUGAAAUUAUGUUCAAUGAACAUGGGGAAUUUGUAGCUGGAUUUGAUGUUACAAACAUAGUCACUUUCCCAAACAAUUCCUAUGCUAGAAUCAAAGUGGGAAGGCUGGAUCCUCAGGCUGCUCCGGACAAAGCACUCACCAUCAAAGAAGAGAAACUUGAGUGGCACAGAGACUUGUCUCAGGUGCCUCCAUUCUCCUUAUGCAAUGAUAAAUGCUAUCCUGGGUACAGCAGAAAAAAGAAGGAGGGGAUGAAAUUUUGUUGCUACGACUGCUAUCCAUGCCCAGAGGAAAUAAUCUCAACACAGGAAGAUUUGGAUUACUGUACCAGAUGCCCCGAAGAUCACUUCCCUAAUCAUCGUAGAGAUCACUGCAUCCCCAAGAUUCAAAGUUUUCUUUCUUUUGAAGAUACUUUGGGCAUUACUUUGACUUCUCUGGCUCUUCUCUUUGCCCUGAUCACAGCUCUGGUGCUGGCAGUCUUCAUCAAGCAGCAGGACACUCCCAUCGUCAAAGCCAACAAUCGGAGCCUCACCUACCUUCUCCUGGCCUCUCUCCUCCUUUGCUUCCUCUGCGCUUUGCUAUUCAUCGGACAACCCAAGAAAAUCACCUGCCUCCUCAGACAAACAGCUUUUGGCAUCAUCUUUUCGAUUGCUGUCUCUUCCGUUUUGGCUAAGACGAUUACAGUGGUUGUGGCUUUCAUGGCCUCCAAGCCAGGAAACAUUUUCCGGAAAUGGGUGGGGAAAAGAUUGGCACAUUCUGUCGUAUUGUGUUGCUCCCUCGUUCAAGUCGCCAUUUGUGCUCUUUGGCUGGGUUUUUCUCCCCCAUUCCCAGAUUUGGACAGUCACUCAGUGUAUGGAGAAAUCAUAACUGAAUGUAAUGAAGGGUCAGUCACCAUGUUCUACUGUGUCCUGGGUUAUAUGGGCUUUCUAGCCACUGUCAGCUUCACGGUGGCUUUCCUUGCUAGGAAGCUGCCAGACAGUUUCAAUGAAGCCAAGUUCAUCACUUUCAGCAUGUUGGUCUUCUGCAGUGUGUGGCUCUCCUUUGUUCCAACUUACCUGAGCACCAAGGGGAAAUACAUGGUGGCCGUGGAGGUCUUCUCCAUCCUGUCAUCUGGCUCAGGUUUACUGAGCUGUAUCUUUACUCCUAAAUGCUACAUUAUUGUUUUUAGGCCUGAUCUGAACAAAAAGGAGCAGCUAAUAAGGAAGAAACAUUAA